AUGCGGGCCGCGGGCGCGCGUCUCGCCCGCACCUCGCGGCUGCUGCUUCUGCUACUGCUCAAGGUUUCCGCUUCUCUCGUCCUCGGGUCCGCCCCUGCGCCCGGGAACGAAAAUUGUCUGGGGGAAAGCUGUUCACCUACACUGAUCCAGCGUCGCAGCAGGGACGCUUGGGGACCGGGAAAUUCUGCAGGAGACCUUCUGCCAACCCGUGCGCCCAGGGAGGAGGCUCAGGAGGCAGCGGUGCGCUUGGCGCCUUCAUGGGACCCACCCGCGGCCCGCGGCGGUGACCCAGGCGCGGGCAGAGGGGCGGAGGCGUCGGCAGCGGAGCCCUCGGGACCUCCAGCCAGACCACCUGGCGCCUGGAGGUGGAAAGGUGCCCGGAGUCAGAAGCCCCCGGGUACUUUGGGGAGAGGGAACCCCACGGCUCUCCAACUCUUCCUUCACACGUCAGAGGAGAAGGAAAAGGGUCCCAGAGGCUCUGGCAUUUCUGGGCGCAGUCAGGAGCAGAGUGUGAGGAAGGAACCCGGAGCCAGCGACCUUUAUUAUUGGCCAAGGAGAGCCGGGAAACUCCAGGGUUCCCACCACGACCCCCAACCCAAGACGGUCGAUGGACCGUCGGGGCACGAAGGGCGGACGAUUGCACCCCCUGGCAGGGCUCUGGCUCUGAACGGGUCCUCCCUUGAAGGAGUUCACGAACGCGGGGGUCCUCGGCGAGGGAACACCACGAACCCGCGCUUGCGACUGAAGAACCCUUUCUACCCACUGACCCAGGAGUCAUACGGAGCCUAUGCGGUCAUGUGUUUGUCGGUGGUGAUCUUCGGGACCGGCAUCAUAGGCAACCUGGCGGUGAUGUGCAUCGUGUGUCACAACUACUACAUGCGGAGCAUCUCCAACUCCCUCUUGGCCAACCUGGCCUUCUGGGACUUUCUCAUCAUCUUCUUCUGCCUUCCGCUCGUCAUCUUUCAUGAGCUGACCAAGAAGUGGCUGCUGGAGGACUUCUCCUGCAAGGUCGUGCCCUAUGUAGAGGCUGCUUCUCUCGGAGUUACUACGUUCACCUUAUGUGCUCUGUGUAUAGACCGCUUCCGUGCGGCCACCAACGUCCAGAUGUACUACGAAAUGAUAGAAAACUGUUCUUCCACAACCGCCAAACUUGCUGUUAUAUGGGUGGGUGCCCUCCUGUUGGCACUGCCGGAAGUGGUGCUCCGCCAGCUGAGCAAGGAGGACCCGGGCUUCAGCGGGCGCGCCCCCGCGGAACGCUGCGUCAUCAAGAUCUCCCCGGAUCUCCCCGACACCAUCUAUGUUUUAGCCCUCACCUACGACAGCGCCAGACUCUGGUGGUACUUCGGCUGUUACUUCUGUUUGCCCACACUUUUCACCAUCACCUGCUCUUUAGUGACUGCAAGGAAAAUCCGCAAAGCCGAGAAAGCCUGUACCCGGGGGAAUAAGCGGCAGAUUCAGCUAGAAAGCCAGAUGAACUGUACAGUCGUGGCUUUGACCAUUUUAUAUGGAUUUUGCAUUAUUCCUGAAAAUAUCUGCAACAUUGUUACUGCUUACAUGGCUACAGGGGUUUCUCAGCAGACAAUGGACCUUCUUAAUAUCAUCAGCCAGUUCCUUUUGUUCUUUAAGUCCUGUGUGACCCCUGUCCUACUUUUCUGUCUCUGCAAACCCUUUAGUCGGGCCUUUAUGGAAUGCUGCUGCUGCUGUUGUGACGACUGCGUCCAGAAGUCUUCCACGGUGACCAGUGAUGACAAUGACAACGAAUACACCACAGAACUGGAGCUCUCACCUUUCAGUACCAUACGCCGGGAGAUGUCCACGUUCGCGUCCGUUGGAACUCAUUGCUGAAGCACAGCCUUUGGUUUGCUUAGGUUUCUUUAUUUGUUUCAUUUUCAUAUCCUGUGAAAGUUUUUACUUCAUAUUUUUCCUUAGUGGGAAAACAUGCAGAAAAGGAGAGAAAUAUUAACUACUGUAGAACUGAUUUUGCAAAUUAAUAUUUGUGCUUUGAAAAAAAAAUUUAUAUUUAGUUAUUUAAGAAGUAUGAGGAGGCCAGUAGUUUUAGAUCAUUUUAUCUGGUAUGGUGCUAAUAUUUUAUUUGAAAAAAGUGACUGCACCUUAAUUAAUUGCUAACUUUCUUUUGUUCUUUUAAAAAUAUAAUCACUGUAUAUUGAUUAUAGCCAUGUGAUUUUGUAGGCUAUUUUAUGUUUGAGUUGUGAUUGAAAGUAUAUUGUAUGUGGUAUCGUGAGGUGAGUUGUAGUUAAGAAGCAUUCACAAAGUAGCACCAAAUAAAU